AUGGAAACACAAUUAAGUGUCGAUUUUAUUUAUAAAAGAACAAAUUCAGAUAAAGAUAUGAACCGUCCACCUCCAACAACGAACAAUAAUCAAAAUAAUACACAGCAGAGUACAUUUAAAGUCAUGUUACUUGGAGAUAGUGGUGUUGGUAAAACAUGUUUAUUAGUACGUUUUAAAGACGAUACAUUUUUAUCGGGAAGUUUUAUUGCAACAGUUGGCAUUGACUUCCGUAAUAAAACUAUUCUAAUUAAUGAUAAACAAGUUAAAUUACAGAUUUAUGAUACAGCUGGCCAAGAACGUUUUCGUUCUGUUACUCAUUCUUAUUAUCGUGAUGCCAAUGCUUUACUAUUACUCUACGAUGUAACAUCUAUAACUAGUUUUAAUAAUGUUCGUGUUUGGUUAAGUGACAUACAUGAAUAUGCUCAUUCCGAUGUGAUUGUUAUGUUAAUAGCUAAUAAAGUUGAUAAAACAACUGAACGUGUGGUAACACGUGAAAUGGGUGAAAAAUUAGCAAGUGAAUAUGAUGUUACACAUAUGGAAACAUCAGCUAAAACUGGUUUAAAUGUUGAAUUUUGUUUUAAAGCAAUUGCACAAGCACUUCUACAACAAUUUGAUUCAACACUAUCAAAUGGAGAAAGUCCAUCAAAAACAUUAAGUAAUCUUGUACACUUAAAUGAUCAAUCACAUAAACCAACUUUAUGUUGUUCAUUUUCAUAG